AAGAUACACGAACAUAGAUACGUUUUAAAUGUUAGUGAAAAUUACUUUGGGUGUCGGAUGUGACAAAAACACUGUUGCAGAUGUUUUCGAUGUCAAGAGUUUCUCUGGAUUCUUAGAGCUAACGAAUUGGACAGAAACGUGUAAACCCGAGGACAAAACAUAUUUCCAAUGCUUCAACAUAUAUACAUUGCCUAUAUGAGGAAUGACAUACUUUAUAUUUAGUUGUGCCGGUUUUGUAUUUUAACUCACAUCCAUAGAACGAAAACGGCUUCCGAUAUGUACGCAGACGAAUUAAUAAAAUAGUAAGCUACCACACCGAUAUUUGGGUUUGAAUUAUAUUUUUAGGCACAAAUUCACCUGUUUGCUGUCAACUGAGAUUUUUUUCUUAAUUUUUUUUUCUUAAUGCCUCAUACUUUAAAACGGUGCACGGAUCCCCGUGGAUCUGAUAGGGGAGCCGCUGUUUUCGUUAAGUUGAUGAAACCGGAAAAAUAUUGCCCAAAAAUGUAACUGCCUACGAUGAAUGAGGGUCUUCUGGCAAACCUGAGGCAAUGUGGAGACACCUUCGUCCUUGCCCACCCGUUACUCCAUAAUGGCUUGCCGGAGUGGGUGCUGCUGCGGUUUCGGUCCAGUGAAUGAGGAUAAUGCGAGAUUUCUGAUGCUGGCGCUGUUCAUAAUUAUCUACCUCCUGUGUGGGGCUGCCGUUUUCUCGGCGCUCGAACACCCGAAGGAGAAACAGGCGAAGGACAGGUGGGCGCAAAGGUUCGAACAUUUCACCCACAGGCACAACCUCAGCAAAAAAGAGCUGGAGAACUUCCUGAGGCAUUAUGAGGAGGCGAACGUAGCCGGGAUCCGCGUGGACACUACCAGACCUCGUUGGGAUUUCACCGGUGCUUUUUAUUUCGUGGGAACAGUGGUUUCAACUAUAGGUUUCGGUAUGACAACCCCUGCCACGGUGGGAGGAAAGAUCUUCCUCAUCUUCUACGGGCUCAUCGGCUGUGCGGCCACCAUCCUCUUCUUCAACCUGUUCCUGGAGCGCCUGAUCACCGUCCUGGCCUUCGUGCUGAAGUCCUGUCACGAGCGGCAGCGGCGGCGCCGCGGGGUGCUGCCCCACAGUUUGGGGACGGGGGCCGGGCCGGGCCUGGCCGGCUGGAAGCCCUCCGUGUACUACGUGAUGCUGAUCCUGGGUCUGGGCGCGGUGCUGGUUUCAUGCGGGGCCUCGGCCAUGUACUCAUCGGUGGAAGGGUGGAGCUACGCCGACUCCCUCUACUUCUGCUUCGUGGCUUUCAGCACCAUCGGCUUCGGGGACCUGGUGAGCGGGCAGAGGGAACUGUACGAAAGCCAGGGCCUGUACCUGCUCGGCAACUUCCUGUGCAUCCUGACGGGCGUGUGCUGCAUCUACUCCCUCUUCAACGUCAUCUCCAUCGUCAUCAAGCAGGUGCUGAACUGGAUCCUAGCUCGGAUGGCGCAUCCCUGCUGCUGCCCGCGGCGGCCCGCCGGGGGCACCGUCCGGCACCGUCGCAACGUGGUGAUGCCGGGGCACUUCCGCACCCGCCGCGACGCCUCCAUCGACACGGACGCCAUCAACGAGAGCGAGACAGAUGGCCGCCGGGUCUCAGGGGAGAUGAUCUCCAUGAAGGACUUCUUGGCUGCCAACAAGGUGAACCUGGCCAUAAUGCAGAAGCAGCUGUCGGAGACAGCCAAUGGGCACCCCCGCCCAUCAGGGUCUAACACCCGACACAAUGGCUUCUCCGGGGGUGUGGGUGCACUGGGAAUAAUGAACAAUAGGCUGGCUGAGACCAGCGUGGACAGAUGAGGCGUACAGGCUGUCUGGACUGCGGUCAAAACCUAGACAUCAAAUAGAUUAUAUUAGAAUUAUAGUUCACUCCUGCACUUCCACCUUUUGACUGCAUUGUAUUGUGUACACAGAGCCACUGGAAUGAAUAAGGACAGAUAGGCAAAAUGCACUCUCGGAACGUAACAAUAAGGAAUAGAAUUUUCAGUGGGAAAGCACUGAAGUGAAUCAUAUCAAACUUUAUAGUACCUUAGUGACAUCAAAGCUCUCCAGGUUGUACCCUCAGUCACCAAAGCACAGGUGAUAGAGACACCCCAUUUCUCAAAGCAUGGUACUACACUUUAUCCUAUGAGGAUUUUGAAUACGGAAAUCCUUCAGGAGUGGUGAGCUGAUAGCUUCACUUUCCACAGUAGUGGAGAAUCACCCAAAGAUAAUUUUUGUAGAUGUUUUUUAACACUUUGUUUCCUCCCAUUAAAGCUUUGUUGCCCAACACUCAAAGGCUCAAAGCAUACGGAAAAGCCACACCAGGGGUCUGUUCCAGAAAGCAGGACUGGCAAGUUAUCCAGAUCUAUUAGGUCGAAAUGUAGGGAAAUCCUGAAUUAUCGGUUCCAAAUAUGAGGAUCAGAGAAAGCCUGUGUCAGUUACUAUGGUGACUUAUGCAGAUUAUUUUCUUAUCUGAAAAUAAUUUGCCGACAAGGGGGAUAACUUAAACUAAACCUGGCCUACCCUGCAGUGUUUAGUGAGAUUAGUUAGGCAGACUCAUCACUUAGCAGGUGAAUAUUAUCUGACCAUGCCUUGUCAAAAUAUCUUAUAAAAAAUGGUGAGACUGGCAGCAAUAUUGCCAGGGAAAACUUAAUGAAAUCCUAAUAUUUCAACUUUGGCCUGUUGCCAUUAUUCUACUUUACAUGAUAUAAUAUAAUAUAACAUAACACAAUGAUGUGAACGGGUCAAUGCUUUCCAUUUUCCUCACUAAAUUGUGCCUAGUGCUCUGAUUACCUAGUUUCUGACACCGUAUCAAGCCUGGUGUUGAAAAUCCCGAGAGUUUCUGCCUCUACGUGACCUGGCAGGCUGUUCCACACAUUGACUACUCUCUGCAUGAAAAAAUUCUUCCUAAUGUCUGUAUGGAAUUCUCCUUUUGUUUAUUACCUUUUAUGUCCCCACGUUCUACUGACAGAGCUCAACCUGAAGAAUCUCUUGUAGUUUACACUGUUGAUCCCCAUUAUGAAUUUAAAAGCCUGAUUUAAAAUCAGUUUGGUUGCUCUUCUUUGAACCUGUUCCAGAGCCUACAGCCCACAGAACUGCACAUAACACUCCAACUGUGGUCUAACAAAUGUACAGUAUUGUAUAAAAUAAGUAUAUCUUCCUUGGAUUUAUACUCAAUACUUUUGGCUAUAUAUCCCAAAAUCUGUGGUACCUUAUCAAAGGCUUUUUGGAAAUCUAAAUAUAUAAUAUCAUAAGCGGUCAAAACCCUUAGUAGGUUCUUCAAAGAAAACCAGAAAGUCUGUCAGGCGUGACCUUCCCUUGCGUUCUGGCUAAUUCUUUGUUGUUAUUUGGUAAAUGGACUGCAUUUAUAUAGCGCUUUUAUCCAAAGCGCUUUACAAUUGAUGCCUCUCAUUCGCCAGAGCAGUGAGGGGUUAGUCUUGCUCAAGGACACUUCGACACACCCAGGGCAGGGUCUGAACCGGCAACCCUCCGACUGCCAGACAAUCACUCUUACCUCCUGAGCUAUGUCGCCAUUUUCAAGAAAUUUUCAAGUAUUUUCAAGAAACACUUCUAAAUUGUCUCUAAUGAUAGAUUCCAGUAUCUUACAUAUGAUGCAUGUUAAACUGACAAGCCUGUAGUUCAGGUCUGGAUCAGUACGGUCCCUUUCUUAUAUAUUGGUAUUAUAUUAUCUUGCUUCCAGUCCUCAGGUGUUUCUCAAGUUUUUAAAUACUGUCUUUAAAAACAUGCCACUGGUUUGAAGAUGAUCUCGCCCAACUCCUUGAGUACCCUUGGGUAUAUACCAUCAGGGCCUGCUGACUUAUUUGUCUUUAUUUUAUGUAAUUUAUCCAGUACUUCUUUAUCCUCUAUCUCAAUAUCUAAUACAAAAAAGUACUGAAUAUGCCUUCCAGUCUUUUACCUCUUCUCUUGUAAAACUCUCGACAAAAUAACUAUUUAAGGGAGCAGCAAUAUCAUUAUUCUUAUAAAGAUGUUCCUGAUACCCUUGACAUCCUCCUGCACUUUCAUUUUCCUACUACAGUAUUGAAAGAAAUAUUUAGGAUUUUUUUUUUUUUUGUAUCUUGGGAAAUUUGCCUUUCAAAGAGCCUUUUAGCUUCCUGUAGUUCUGUUUUUAGCCUUAGCACACAUAUUACAAUAUUCAGCCUUAUUACUCUCAGUGCUGUCAUUUUUGUGUAUCAUAUACAGUUAUAUAUUGUAUACCCUUUUCACUCUCCACAAUCCUGUAAAUAUUUAUGUAACAU